AUGCCAAUAACAAACAUUCUCAACAAUAUAUCAACAAUUCGUUUCUUUCAGUAUCUGUACCUUUUACUAAUUUAUUCUUCUAUUUUUCUUCCCUUCCUCAAUACCUCAGCUUUUCUUUCGGGUUUUGUAACAACGAAUAAUUUUGUAAAAAUUUGCAAUUCCAAGAACAAUUUAAUAUCCUGUAAAAAUACCUUUGUCAUUGGAUUGAAUAUUGGUGAUGAGGGUUUGAAACAAGAUUUAAAAAUUCAUGUCUCUCCCGAUCAACCCAUUCCACUUGACCCUCAAGAUACAGAUUCUCAUUCGUCGUAUUGGACCGUUACUUCGGAUGUGGUCAUUCAAAUAGAACGAAGUGAUGUCUAUGUACAUUUUCCUCUGAAAUAUGUGGGUUCUCUCCGAAAUGCUUUUGAAGAUUAUCAAAUUCAAUCACAGAGUUGUCGUGAUGAAAGAAGACUCUCAGCUACGGCGACAUCCACAAUGACUACGAUGAUCAAUGGAAUUUGUUGUGGGCCAUUACUGAAUGCCGAUACGGGACAAGUCUAUUAUGAAACGAGAAGAAUUCUCUACAAUUCAACCAUCUAUUCUCAAUACACGGUAGGAACUCCCUCUCUGCAAUAUUCAAUUUUCAUCACUCUACGACAAGGAGAUUUAUCCUUUGGAGUUUCUUUAACGAAUGAACAAAGAAGUGUCUCAACGAGAGGAAUGACUGUCUCUCUAGAGAGUGAAAUGUUAUUUGAUUUGAGAGAAUUGGAUUUUAGAGAGUAUUACUAUGUGAUUCCAGAAAAACAAAAUAUUGGUUUUCUCGUACCCAAACAACACAUUGGAAAUGAAAUGAACAAAAUUGGAAUAUCUACGGAAAUUUAUUUGAGAAAUAUUGAUUGUUUCUAUCAGAAAGGCUCACUAUUGAGAAUUCAAGGCGCCCUUCUCUCCAAUGAUCCAGCCUCAUAUAAUGAUCAAUUCUAUCCUUUUAGAAAUAUCAAAUUGUUAUACAAGAAUUCAAAUUGCUACUAUUAUAAUCGAUAUACUGGAAAAAUUGUUUACUUUUGCGAUAAAACUUUAGGAACAACCAUGAUCUUUGAAUUACCAUUUGGGGAUGGAACAUUCUCUUUGACUAAAUUGAAAGGAAAUCCUGUGAUUGUUUCUAAGGGAGCUUUUCGAAAUGAUCAAACUGUGAGCGUUUCAUUGGACAUUUUCAACAAUAUUGAAACACCAGGAUUAAUCGAUGUUACAUUACUUGAUUGUUGCUCCACGGAUCUUUCUUGCAAUAAAACUCAACGACAAUACACACAACCAAGAAUUGAGGGAUUCGACGUCAAGAAAAUAAUUUUCAACACUUUCCUGACACUUAGUCGUGGAAAAUGUAUUCUUCAAGUUGGAGAUAAUGGCAAUAUCAUGUCUACCAUAGAAAUACCCUUCGCCUUUGAAGACUCCUCGACAACUGUCAAUGAAGAUUUUUGCAAAGGUCCUUAUCAAAAAACUAUAAUUGACAAUGGAAACGUAAAAUGUGAAGCAAAUUGCCAACAUUCCGAUCUUGUCUUUGAUUCCACUCAGAAAAUUUGUGUUCCUUUGAAUUGCAGCGAAAAAUAUGACAACAAGACAGUUUUUAACUAUGCCUCUCUUUCAUGUGAAGUUCCAGUCCAUUGUGAUCUCACGACACAACAGUACAAUAGCCACAAUAAUACAUGCCAACCAAAACAAGGAAACUUGCAAGCCACGUCUGAUGCAAUCCUCAACUCGGCGAAUUUUAAAGACAAAAUGUUAAAGUUGAAUUGUGGCAAUGGUUUACAAACGAGCUCUGGAAUCAUGUGCAUGUGUUCUGGACAAUAUAUUUCAUAUUGGUCCAAUACCACCACACGACUUGCCCUUGUUACUCCACUCUGCUCUAUUGAUUCUUCAAAACAAGAAACCAGUGAAGAUGAUUCGAGGAGCAAUGAUUUUUUUAGUUCAUUCAUGGGAAUUCCAGUCGUUGCUCAAAUAGUUGCAAUUGUUUGUACUUUUGCCUUAGUGACGGGUGUGCUGCUAUUGUUAUCCAUGUGUAUCACGUGUUGUUGUUUCAAGAGAAAGACUGUGGAAAAAGCAUUAAUUGAGCACCGAUAUGGUAAUUUGAAAAGAAAGCGAUUCCUCAAAUGGUUAAGUGGGGCAGUUUUGUUUUGUGAUUUUUCUCGAGAGGAGUAUUCUUUUGAAAGUUGUCCAGGAGACAAUUUAAAGGUCAUGAGCACAUUCAACUCUAAAAAGAUGAAGCUUUGA